CAUUUUUAUCAUUCUCUGACCAGGUCAAAUUUCUUAUUGAGGCAAGUACUUGUUUGUGAGGUUUAGUAGAAAGCAAAAAAAGAUUAAUCUACACGUGUAGAAAAAGAAUCCAUAAACAAAACUAUGUUAUUCUUGAUCAUGCUUAGUGCAAGAAUUCAGGAAGCAAAUUCAUGAGCACGGUUCAUUUUUGUGUUAAAUUUCUGCCUCUGGUUAUUAUCAAAAUGAAGAAUAUAAAUACAAAAGCAGUGUUAUUCAAAGGUGACAAAAAUGGCUCAACUGGAACGCCCUCAGAGACAUGCCGAUGCUUCGAAAAGUCCUGGUUCCAUUCAAACCAUAGAACAACUCCUCCGAGCAGGAGAAGCCUCAAAGCCAAAGCUGUCACAAAGCAAAUCCUCGUCUUCUUCGGCCUGUUCUUCUCCGUCCUCUCCUUUCUUCCAAAGGUUGAGGCAUCUUGACUCAGAAGAAGACCAUGGCCAGAAUCAGAAUCAGAAGAAAUCAGUUAUCACCAAAGUAAAGGAAAAAGCCAAGAAGUUGCGCCAUAGCCUCAGUAAGAAAAAACACGAGGACUGGAAUCUUACUAGUCCCCCUUCGAGUGCUGGACAUGAAGGUGAUGGAGCAGAAGAAGAUGCUGAAAAGCAUGGAGCUACAUUGUAUGAAUCUGAGAUGGCACAUGAAGGACAUAAAGAAAGUACAAGGCAACAUUCAAGACCGAGUCCAGUAACCCCACAGAAGCAUGUUCUGUCAAACAAUGAAAAGCUUGGAUUAGAACAAGCUAGAGAAAAGACACUAAAUCGUUCGCUGUCAAAGAAAACAACACAACCAGCUGAAACAGCAACUCCUGCGCCGACACUUUCUGGUCCAAGCAAGAUAAUCGCCAAAACCUCACCGGAGAAGAAUCAGACACCAGCAUAUGCUGAAGCAUCAGAAACAGCUCAAUAUAUAACCUCCAAAGUUCACGGCCUCUCAGUUUCCAAACCUGGAGAGAAUCACAAUUCAUCAUCAACAGCUAAUAAACAGGCAUCAUUGUCCAUUCGCACUUCACGUACUCCUCCAGCUAAAAUGCCUUCUCAAAUAGCUCCAAGCAUCCCUCGAGAUUCAUCAAAUCCAGUGGAAACUUCACCACCUUCACCACCCGCAUCUGCUCCACCGGGUCCGACCAAUAACUCUCCCCCGUCACAGAUAUGGGAUAAGGGUGUUUCGGUGAAGGAAUACUUGAUGAACAAAUUUGAGCCAGGUGAAGAUGAGAAAGCUCUCUCGAAAGUGAUAUCUGAAGCAAUGAGUCCUAGAAGAACUCCCGGUGAUGUAGGUGUGAUUGAGAAGGUGAGAGAAGCGGUAACAUCUUUGCUCCGAACUGAGGAACCAACAAAACAUGCAGACACAAAUACAAACACAAACACAAACACGAACACUACUUCUCGUACGCCAUCCCAAGUCUCAGCAUCUACCAGCACCACCCGUGCACCAUCUCAAAUCUCUGUCUCAGCCUCUACCAGCACUACCCGUGCGCCAUCUCAACUCCCUGUAUCUUUUAACACUCAAGAAGAUGUUCAGGAAGAAAACCAUGGCAGGGUUCUUCAGGCAAAUUGAAAGUCCACAUGAUGUUUUUGUUUCAUAUUUGUGUAUGCAUUCAGUUUCGAUUCAAUCUUGUUGAAUAUGUUACCCCCUAAUUAGACUGAAAAUAUAGUUUCCCUUAUAUUUGUAAAAUUUGAUAGUAUGUAAUAAGUUAUGUUUUCUGCGUAUAACGACCUGAAGGAUACAUU